UAUGAAUGUUCGAGACCGCAAGUGAGGCGUAUCCCCUUGGCAUCUUACAACGACGUAAUUCUGGUACCAAGACUUGAAGCUUGUAGACCAUGUUUGAUGAUCUUUAUGCAAAGCUUACUACUUGCCACCACGGACCGGUUGGUGAUGGAUUAUUCGGAGGAUAUGACUCUUUCUCAGCUCCGAAGGUAUUCUGAUCAGCGUAUAUGGUCCGCUCCGGUAGAUAAGAUGAUCAAUACUGACAAGCAGUGCUCUCAGCCUGGUUAAUCUAUCUUUAUUUCCCUUCUUGGUUUAGCUACUUCUUGACUGCAGAUUUCCAUUGCCAAUUGGGGAGUCUCUAAUGCCGUAAUUGACAUGGGUUGGUAGAAACAAGGGCCGUUUUGACCAGCGUAUCAAGUUGUCGAUCCAUUAACUGAACCACUUCGCUUUAGUCUAAUUGAAUCAAAGAUUAUGUUUCUACUACAAUAGCUUUAUAUCUUAUUCCAACGACUUCAUCUGCAGACAUACUUGGAUACUCGGUGACACUCUCAUACUGGUGCUUCAAAUCAUCAACACGAAACGCGUAGUCACCUGACAUGACACCCCGCAGAUUACAAUCCUCCCCCGUAGUGAGGACAAGGUGCAGUAUCAAACAAAGCCUAACGCGACGUCGAUCAGCCGCGACAUCUCAUCCCCCGAAAAACCCUUAAAAAAAUCCGAAAACGAACAAUGCGCUGCAUGACAUUAGCUGCAGAACCAUCUCUAAACGACGUCAUCAUUCGACGUUAGGCCAAGCCCCUUGCCAAUUCACACCUCCAGGCAAGGCCAUGCAGAGGCUCCCCAAUCUCGCCCCAGCUCCCCCUAAGCCCGAACCCCCGGCACCACAGCCUCAACCUCAUCAGCAGGCCGCACGCCCGCGGGUAUCCCGGGCCUCAUCGUCCCGCAAGUCCGCGACGAACCACGCGUGUGUGCCGUGCCGCAAGACAAAGACCAAGUGCGAUGGGAGACAUCCCUGCGCGAGGUGUCAGUUCAGCAGCAAUGUCUGCACGUACGAUACGAAAGUGCUGUCGGGGGAGAUGCUGAAUAGAUUGACCAAUGCCGUGAAUGAGCAGAAGGGGAGGCUGAAUCAGCUUGAGACUAUACUCGCGGCCAUGAGGAAUGGCACGGAUUCUGAAGCUGCUGAGGUUAUGUCUUGGAUAAGAAUAGGUGAAUCUGUUGAAUCUAUUGUUUCGUACAUUGAGUCAAAGUCUAGGGCUGUUGUUGUGCCUCAGAGGCUCGUCGGUGUAAAUCACCAAGCGAAGAGCAAAUUCAUCGAAACACUAUUCGACAGAGCAGAAUGGCUCGACGGCACCACCUUUGAAGCCGACGCCAGGAACAUCGACCUGGGUUCCCGUACAAAGAGCUACUUCUCCUACCACUUCGGCAACCUCCCCUUCUCCAGCGGUAUAAAAGCAAACCACUAUCCCGCCGUCGCCCAGCGAAGCCAGCUACAAAACUAUUACGCCAAGCACAACUGGGCAAUGAUGACAGCCAACGACGGACACGGUGUUGACUCUGUGACAAAGGCUUGGGCGGACACACUCAAGAAGGCGAGGCAGUUGGUUACAGAGGGUGCAAAGCCUGAUGAUCUCACGGGGACGUUUCCGUGUGUGGCGGCGCUGUUUGAUAAGGAUGAGUAUGAAACUGCGCCGAUGAUAAGUAAAUGGGCUGUUCAGUUCAUUUAUAGUGCGAGGAGGCAGGAUUACUCGUUUACGUCCAUGGCGGCUGUGUGGGUUGUUUGGGUUGUGAUGAGAUGGCAGAUCAAUCCGACUCCACAGACAUAUGCUGAUCUCCCUGACUGGAUCCGACCAACUGAACUUCAAGUCUUCGUCCCUCACAUUGACAUGCUGGAUUGUAUAUCAUGGCCGUACUUCCGAGACUACGUCAUCCAACAUCCUGAAAUGCAGCACGGCGAAUUACAAUGGCUUGCAGCGUGUACUUCGGGAGUGCAAGUGAACUGGCGCGGCACAAUAGAGGAAGCACUCUGUGUUGACGGUCCGACGGGACGGAGACGGUUCACAGCGGAAGCUGAGGUGAGAUCCCUCGAGCUUUUCUCUUAUGUUUAGUAACUGAUAUCUUGCAGGCGACGAUUAGAGACCUGCAGGAGUGGUCACUUGCUGCAUCGUAUCGUGCCUUCAUGCCUGGCAUCGAUGGGCAAAUUCCUAUUAGAACGGCAGAGGACGCUGGAGUUAAACAGGUGUAAAAGUUGUAGAGCGUUAUCAUGUAGCGAUUAUAAUUGAUGCAACACCAGCGAUUUACAUUCUUCAUUUCAUGUCAGCGGAGUUGAUGUUGGGCAUUGUUCUGUCCCUGC